AUGUUCUCCAUAAUCUCCCUUUCAAUGGGCCAACCAUCUCCAUCUCAAGUUCGAGACCUUGAUGGGCACAAGGUGCGUUCUGGUACAAAGUACGACAUCUUGCCCGUGAUCAGAGGAAUGGGUGGUGGUGUUACACAUGGCUCCACGAGAAAUGAGUCAUGCCCACUUGACAUUGUCCAAGCCAAUCAAGAAUUAGAUAAUGGCAUGCCACUAACAUUUACACCGGUAAACCCUAAGAAAGGUGUCAUUCGAGAAUCAACAGAUCUAAACAUUAUAUUCCUUGGUGCAUCGACCUGA